AUGGCCGGGAAUUCACGAGACUGUAUAGACUGCAAGGCCGCGCCGUCAUGCGUGACUGUCCGGACACGAGCUCUCUGUGAAUUCCUACAAACCAAAGUCCUACGGCGGAUGGACAGAUACCGUCCGAGUGGCCUACUUGAAAAGCAGAGCUCAGCCGGCCCAAAACGCACCGCCUUUGACCUUCAUGUGUUAGUCGUUGAUACCGCGUCGUCAGUGGCGCCAAAAAGCGUGGUGGAAUCCGGUAGAUUAGACAAGAUUAAGGAGACGUACCCAGGUCAUACAUACACCGAGAUGCCUUUACACAGGAUCCUUGAGUAUGAUGCCAGUAUCAAAGGCCUCCUCUCACACUAUUCCGCAAUUCCAUCGGAUAAUAUUACCAGGUCGGAUGAGGAAGCUUUGGCCUUGUUCCACGCUUCGUUUUCUACAGCCACAGCUCGCGCAGAUAUCAAAGGAAUACUUCUUAGACGGCUGGUAGUUGCCUUCGCUACAUCCCAUGAGUGCGACGGAAUUCUGUGGGGUGAUUCAGAUAGCCGAUUGGCGGCAAAGACAUUAGCCAACGUUGCAAAAGGGAGAGGGUCAACACUGGUGUGGGAUGCGUGCGACGGAAUGUCUCCCUGGGGCAUAUAUUUCAACUUCCCAUUACGAGAUCUCUACAAAACUGAGUUGGAACUGUUUGCAUCCUAUGCGAUGCGUACGAUCGAACCGGUCAUUGAACGAGAUCCGCAGAAUUUUGGGGACAUGUCGACUAGACACAUGUCUAUUGAAGAUCUGAUGUCGCAAUACGUUAUGACACAGGGCGCAAAAUAUCCAGGUGUUAUGGCAAAUAUUGUUCGCACCGUUGAUAAACUUCAAACGCCGGCAGCAACAGAUGGAACUCUGUGCAUUCUUUGUGGAAUGCCUGCUGAUUUGGCAGCUGACGGUGAGCCUACGAUGCCGUCGGCGGAGGGGAAAACCGGCAAAGUUCAGCCCACAUGCUAUGGGUGUAGGAGAACUUUGUUAGAUAUGAAAGCGCCAGCCCUCUGGUCGGGAUGA